UUGAUAGUCGGAGGCUUCUGUACAGAGAUGGCAAGAGAACCGUAGCUGACUGUGGGGCCUGUACGGUUGGGCAUUUCACCGACAACCGUAACGUCAGAGAGCCGCAGAGACCGUAGGAAAGGAGCGGAACAGCGAACAAGAGGAGCCAUGGGACACGGAGUGGGCUGAACCAGAGGGUCUAGCAGCACACACCAAUUGUUCCCACUGUGGUGUAUGACAUGGCCACGGCCUCAUCUAGAGCAGAGAAUAGCCAUAACCACAGAGGAACGUUACAGCUCCAUGCCAUUGUAUCCUGUGCCAAACUCAAAAGGAAGAAGAGCCUGUUUGGGACUGCCAUUUAUGUGGAGGUGACAGCAGAGGGGGAGUCGCGCCGCACAGCAAAAUCUCACAGCUCCUCCAGUCCGAAAUGGGAGGAGAGGCUCAUUCUGAAUGUAACACCGCACACACAGGUGGAUUUCAAAGUAUGGAGUCACCACACGUUGAAAGCAGAUGCUCUGCUGGGCAAAGCCACGUUGGACCUAAAUCAAGCCUUGGAGCAGCAUGACAGAAAAUUGGAGAAUGUGAAGGAGGUGCUGAAGUUGAGUGCGGAACAGAAGGGGGCCUUGGUGCCCAUAGGGGAGCUGACUGUGUACCUAGAUGGACUGACUGUCACUGACCAGGAGGAGCUGGCACCACUUACCAAUGGCAACGCAGCAAAUGGCACCAAAGUCCAACAGAAUGGUGAUGCCAUCCAUGAAAAUGGAGACUCAUCUUCUUCCUCCUCAAGGGCUGCCAACAGCACAGUGAAUGGUACGGACUUGGGCCCGAGGUCAGGAUCCUGUUCAGCCUCCAGUGGUGCAGAUGGGCAGGUGCCUUCCAGCUCCUGCAGCCCUGCUCUUGGUCGUGUUGUCAAUGGAAACACCACACCCAAUUCCACCCCGGUCCACCAACCCUCCGACAGUGAUACAGAGAGUAGAAUGGUCAACGGGGAGUCCUGUGAUGCUGCUCUCGGGCAACCGUCUGCAACAAGAAGUGAUGUGCUGCCCCCUGCAGAUGACCAUGAGGACUGCAUUCAAGAUGCUGCCCUGCCCGACUCCGACACAGCACCAAAUAGCACAUGUCAAUCCCCGCCGACUUCCACACCUUCUCCAGCCUCCUCUGUUGCUGCUAAACCUGCUGAUGGCACUGCUGCUACUGCUGCGUCUGCUGCUUCUGCUGCUUCCUCCACGUUUGCCUCUCCACCCCAGGGGGCCACCACCGUCACAACGUCCUCAUCAUCAUCUUCUUCCUCCCCAGCUCUGGGGGAAGCAAAUGCUUCAGGGGCUGGAGGUGGUAGCAGCAGUAGUAGCAGUACAACUGUAACUACAGAUGGGGCCAAACCCAGGCAGCAGGCCCCCAAUGCUGGAGCCCCAGACCCUCUACCACCCGGGUGGGAGCAGAGAAAAGAUCCACAUGGGAGAACAUACUAUGUAGACCACAACACCAGGACGACUACCUGGGAAAGACCACAGCCACUACCACCAGGGUGGGAGCGCCGAGUAGACGACCGGGGAAGGAUCUAUUAUGUGGACCACAACACCCGUACAACCACAUGGCAGCGUCCCACUAUGGAGUCAGUGCGCAACUUUGAGCAGUGGCAGAGCCAACGCAGCCAGCUGCAGGGAGCUAUGCACCAGUUUAACCAGAGAUACCUCUACUCUGCAUCCAUGAUGUCUGCUGAGAACGAUCCUCUUGGUCCGCUACCUCCUGGCUGGGAGAGGCGUGUGGACUCCAACGAUAGAGUGUACUUUGUCAACCAUAACACCAAGACGACGCAGUGGGAAGACCCCCGAACCCAAGGGCUACAGAAUGAGGAUCCUCUGCCUGAAGGUUGGGAGAUCCGGUACACAAGGGAAGGGGUUCGCUACUUUGUGGAUCACAACACCCGAACAACCACUUUCAGCGACCCCCGCACUGGAAAGUCCUCUGUUACCAAAGGCCCUCAGAUCGCAUAUGAGCGCAGCUUCCGAUGGAAGCUUGCUCAUUUCCGCUACUUGUGCCAGUCUAAUGCUCUCCCUAGCCAUGUGAAGAUCACCGUCUCCAGACAGACACUGUUUGAAGACUCUUUUCAGCAAAUUAUGGCCCUGAAGCCUUACGACUUGAGGAGGAGACUGUAUGUCAUCUUCAGAGGCGAGGAGGGUCUCGACUACGGUGGCUUAGCUCGAGAGUGGUUCUUCUUGUUGUCCCAUGAAGUGCUGAACCCGAUGUACUGUCUGUUUGAGUACGCUGGCAAGAGCAACUACUGUCUGCAGAUCAACCCAGCCUCUGCCAUCAACCCGGACCACCUCUCCUAUUUCUGCUUCAUUGGCCGCUUUAUUGCAAUGGCACUUUUCCACGGCAAGUUCAUUGACACGGGCUUCUCUCUGCCUUUCUACAAACGCAUGCUGAACAAGAAGCUAAUACUCAAAGACCUGGAGUCCAUCGACCCAGAAUUCUACAACUCACUCAUAUGGAUCAGGGACAACAACAUCGAGGAAUGCUGUCUGGAGAUGUACUUCUCUGUCGACAUGGAGAUCUUGGGGAAGAUCACGUCUCAUGACCUCAAACCUGAUGGUGCCAAUGUCCUGGUCACUGAGGAGAACAAGGAGGAGUACAUCAGUCUAAUGGCAGAAUGGAGGUUCUCUCGCGGCGUAGAAGGUCAGACUAAAGCCUUCCUGGAUGGCUUCAAUGAGGUGGUUCCACUUCAGUGGCUUCAGUACUUUGAUGAAAAGGAGCUGGAGGUGAUGCUGUGUGGCAUGCAGGAGGUAGACCUGCAGGACUGGCAGAGAAACACGGUGUACCGUCACUACACCAGGAACAGCAAACAAAUCAUCUGGUUCUGGCAGCUGGUGAAAGAAGUGGACAACGAAGUGCGACUACGGCUCAUGCAGUUUGUCACUGGAACCUGCCGGCUUCCUCUGGGCGGCUUCGCUGAACUCAUGGGAAGUAAUGGGCCACAGAAGUUCUGCAUUGAGAAGGUGGGGAAGGACACGUGGCUUCCUCGGAGCCACACGUGUUUCAACCGUCUGGACUUGCCUCCCUACAAAAGUUUCGAACAGCUUAAAGAGAAGCUGCUCUUUGCCAUCGAGGAAACAGAAGGAUUUGGCCAAGAAUAGAGGGAGGAGUCCUCUCGUAUCUCCCUCCCUCCCCCAUCGCUGUUUAUUCAGCCAAGAAAAACAAACUAAAAAAAAAAAAAAUUGCACAAGAUAACCACCAAUGUAUAUAAGCUAUUUUGUCAUUUAAAACCAAAUUCUCAUUUGCAGCAUCAUUUUUGCCGCAAUCCUGUUCCCCAGCCCUUAAAUAUUAUAUAAGACCCCCGUCAUGAAAUAUGCAAGCAUUUCAGCCUUUUGCUCCUGUUUAAGAACAGAAAUCAUUAAUUGUUUUUCUUUAUUUUUUUUUUAAAUUUCCUCCCCGCUGCUGACUGGCUUUUUAAAAGAGACUGAAAAUGUUUUCGAGAGGAUUUUAUAGUUGACGCGCAAUCUUCUUUUAAAGCUCUAGUUCUAUAGAGCUUUUAAACGGCAAGAGUAGAAGAGUAUUGGAGUCUGGUGCCUGAAAUUCUUUUUUUUCCUGUCGGACACGUAGUAAUUUUUGCAAUUUUUGCAUGCUGCCUGUGAAGAUGAGAAGACCGCUGUGACCGCCGCCCUCCGCCGCUACCACCACACGUUCGCACACAGACAUGUUGGCAUGGAUCGCCCCCGAACGAGCUUCUCGCCAUCGUCGACCAACGGCACAGCGUUCAGGUUGGACUUAAGCACAGAACAACACUCUCGGUUACAGUAUUCCCUCAACAAUAAGAUUCUGGACACCAGCCCAGAGAAAGAAGCAUCAUUGGGUCCUUUUGAUUGGAAGCAAAGACUGGUGUAGAAACUAAUGGACACUCGAGAAUUCUUAAUUGGACUGAAAGAGUUGAACUGUGUGUGUGUGCGUGAGUGUGGGGACGGUGAGCCUCGCAGCUCGAAGGUUCAUGCCAGAGAUACGGGACAUUAUAAAGGCUCGCUAGACGGCAGCCUGCUGGCACACUGUGAAGAGAGAAGGGCUUCAGUUGGCAAGUUAAAAACACGAGGAUGACACACCCACAGCUGCCAUUUAAACAUUUAGAGAAUUGACUCAACAGAAAAAGAAAAAAAAAAAUCAUGUGGCUCAAAUAAUUCAUGUGCGCUUGGCUGACUUUCUGUUGCCUGUUUUGAAUUUAUGAUCUUGGACCAUAAAGUGUCUCCAGUCCAGUGAAGCCUCUGUACUUUAGAGAGAUGUGAUUAUUCCUACUUUAUGACAUAAAGAUAACAUUUACUCCAGCCCCUAAGAUGAAGCUGACACAGCUGACAAACAGCCCCGCAGCGUAUCUCGCCAUAAGUGUCGUCACUCUUACAUAACGCGCACCAAAUUCCUCGACUCUUAAUUAUGAAUGUCGGAUCUUAUUUGGCCGCCAUGUGCUGUGAGAAAGUGUAAAAAAAAGGAAUCAAAAUGUCUAGAACGACUUGAUAACAACGUAAACCAAUGUUGCAUGCAAGCAGAACACAGUGGAAAGUAGCCAUUAAAAAAAAGAAGAAGCAGUUCUGUGCUUCUAUCUAGUCAACAGUGUGACUACAGUCCAGCUGCACAAGAUGACCUUUAAGACCACAGUGCUGAGUUCAUCGUACACUCUGAUGUAUCCACCCCACGUUUCGUCUCAUUCUUAAUUUUAUAUGAGCUGAAAUCGCCUUCGUGUAACAAUCUGUGAAUCAAAUAGUGUGUAAACUCGACACAGCACCAAGCCUGACGACGCACCACGUUGCUAUACGUUCUGUUUUUAGUCCUGCACCCACACGAUUCCCUUUGUCCUUUAUUUUCCUUAAAUGCUUUACGGGACACGCCCUUCAUUUCACAAGCGUCACAUCCAACUCCAUCGUUUCUUAGUGACAACUCUGGUGCUUAUUCUUUCAGUCAGUGGUUUCAAUGCAUUAAAAAAAUAAUGCUAUGGCAGUGGCAGGCCAUUCUCCUCGUUCUCUCUGGCAUUGUGGGGUUUUUUUUUUUUUUUUUUUAGACCACUGCAAACAGCAGCAAGCUGCUUUAGACUUUUUCUCGGAGGAGCUUGUGAUUAGUCGAGUUAUCAGCCGUGUAUAUAACAUGUAUUCAGCUGUCUGGAGGAGGAGGAGGGACGACAGUGUGAAGAGAAACAAUUACUAUAGCAAAAGGAGCCGCCUUUUGAGAGACGUCAAAACUGCAUAACUUUGUGCUUCCUUUUGAACAGAAACCUGUAAUCAAAGAAAAUCAACUGUGUAUGUGAAUAUUCAUUGUAUAAAGAUAAUGAUGGUAAAUGAAGUACUUAAAUAUUAUAAUUAAUUACACAGAGCCGCCGCUCCAUUGAUGGAAAUCUGUGAUGCCUUUGUUCUUAUCAGAAAUAGAUGGGACGCUUCAGGUCGCCUUCGCCGCGGCCGCUGACUGCAUGAAGCAUCACCUGGGCGGAAGAAGAGCUGUUGUCGAUCGGCUCAGUGUUUAUCAAUGCGGCAGGAACGUUGCUGCGACGGAGGCCACCUGAAACGCACCCAGACUGUAACAUAUCGCGUGUAGAUACACACUGUAAACACCAACUACACUGUACAGAAUGCCCCUUUACUGGAGACGAUGUGUAUAGAAGAUUCAUUUUUAAUCUGCUUUCACCCAUUUUAAAUGGAGAGAGAUGGAUUUAUGAGAUACAAAUAAAGAAGUGAAUAAACCCCC